CGUCUUUGUCAUUUGCCUCCGGCGAUGAAGAACAAAGAAUAUCAUAGAAACUGGGCGGAUCUUCCACCGGAGCUGACGUCUUCGAUUCUUCUCCGUCUUAACAUACAUGAUAAACUCAACAACGCUCAGAAGGUAUGCAAAUCGUGGCGACGCGUAUGUAAAGAUCCAUCGACGUGGACCAAAAUCGAGACGCGAAUGUCAAAAAAUUUCGAUGUCUGGAAGUACGAUCUCGAAGCCAUGUGCCGUCACGCCGUUGAUCUCAGCCGUGGCGGUUUGCUGGAGAUCAACAUUGAAGACUUUGGGAGCGAUUCUCUCCUCUCCUACAUCGCCGACAGAUCAAGUAAUCUUAGACGCCUUGGAGCUGUUAACUGUGGUGGGAUAACGAGUUUUGGGAUUUUCAAAGCAGUUGUGAAACUCCCAUUGCUUGAAGAACUCGAGGUUGUAACGCACUCGUUUAUCUCAGGAGAUCAUUUGAAAGCUAUAGGCAAGUCUUGUCCAAAUCUAAGGACGUUGAUGAUAAGGCAGUUGAAGCUUCAAGGCAUGGGUUAUGUGGACUGUGGCGAUGAGAUUGCUCUAGCGGUUGCUGAAACGAUGCAUGGUCUUCGCCACCUCCAGCUUUUAGGGAACGGGUUAUCAGACGCCGGUUUAAACGCCAUUCUUGACAAUUGUCCGAAGCUGGAUCAUCUUGAUAUACGCAAGUGUUUCAAUAUUAACCUUGUUGGGGAUCGGGAGAAGCAGUGUUACGAUAGGAUCAAAGUUUUGAGACACCCUAAUGACUCGAUUCAUGAGUAUGAUGCCAUUGUUUCCGAUUACUCAUAUGACAACGAGGAGGAGUAUGUCUACGACAUUUCAGAUGAUGUCGGCUAUCGUUUUGACUCGUACAUUUCCUCUUUACUGUAGUGUAGCUUUUGAGCGUGUAAAUUCUCUUGUCAUAGUAAGAACAGAAUUAACAUGUUUCUUUCAG